AUGUCAACAUCCGAAUCGGAAUUCGAAAGUAAUUCAUCUGAUGAUUCUAUGGAAGAUGAUAUUAUCGAUGAUCGAAUGAUUGACAUGCAUGAUGAUAAUAAUUAUGACAAUUAUUGUGAUUUCGACGACACUCACCAUUUUACAUCAUUAGGAAAUAUUAUAUUAGGAGAAGUUGUAUCUGAUGAAUUCGAAAUUCCUUUAAUCGAUAUUCCUUUAAAUUAUUCUAUUCAUUUGGCCAUGCAUUCUGAACCUCGCUGUUCAACUAAUUCAAUUUUAUCUAUACCAUUUCUUAAUGAUUCUAUUCAAUCGUAUUUGACAGCUCCACCACUCACUCGCCAAAUAGGAAGCACAGGAAAAUAUUGUGUAGCAAUUGAUCCAACAAUUGAUGAAUCUGGAAUAACAUCUUUAUCAACUCCUCAACUCUAUGUUGGUAAUAUACCUUCGGACACGAAAUGGCAUAAUCUUAAAAAUUGGUUCAUCGAACAUGGCUAUGGUGUUAGUUAUGUUGAGUUGAAAAAUAAUAGGAAAGGUGCUCGUUAUGCUUUUAUUCGCUUUGAUUCUAUUCCAAUAGCGGUUGAAGUUCUAUAUAGAAGUGAAAGGAACAAAGCAGCCUUUAUUUUUAAUGGCAAAAAAUUAGAUAUCAAACGUACUAAUCGACCUUCUCAACAAGCUACCACUAUUUUAUCUACUAUGAUAACAAACAUCGGUGCAGCUACAAGUACUAGUGUUAAAAUUACAAAUAUUCAUUACGGAACACUAAUUACAGAAACAGCGAUGCAAAACAUACCAACAGCAAACGGCAUUGUUUCUAAUGUUGACCGAUUCGGCAUCAUUGCUCAUCGUCUUCUAAUUGAUAAAUGUAAAAGUUUUCAAUUGAAUAUCGAUAGUGAUAAGAAAAAACUAUCUAUUAUCGGCGAGUUAGACAUGAUGGUGAUGGAUGAUUCUGUUGUCACUACUCAACUGAAAUUUGAAUGGAACUUUCGAGAUUUGAAAGCUCGAAAGAUAACUCCAGUAUUAAUCAAUCAUGAUGAAGUGUUUUUACUCAUUGAAAUCAAACGACCUCCAAUCAUUUUAGAAAUAAGAAAUCAAAAUCACCCAAAAUGUGAUGGCUCGAAUGAGAAUCGUCUACCUGGCUAUGGACUUAUUGGUCAUGCCAAUGCAUGGAUCUUUAAAUUAUCUUCACUAAAUUUACGUGAUGAUUAUGUAAAAUUAUUCAAAGUUUUACGUCGUUAUAAUUUAUCACCACGACAAUUUUCUGAAUUCAAUAUCAUGCAGUUAAUUAAAACGGUAGAAGCUGCAAGAAAAAAUCUCGAAUCCGUUUCAUUAAUAUCUAACGAUGAAUGGAUAGAACAAAAUCAAGCGAAUGUAAAUAAUUUUCUUAAUUGUCGAUGGCCAUCAUAUCCUUUUGAAACAAAAUUUGAAAUUAUGAAACUUAUAUCAAAACAUAUCAUUACAGUUAAUGAUUUAAUUGUUGAUGAACACGCUGAACAUAUUUUAAAGAUAUGUACAAUUAAUACAUUAAUUGCUCUAACAGAUAAAAUUGUUGAAUUUGCUCCUCGAUGGUUUGCUACAACUUGUGAUAAUGAAGACGAAGAUUGGAAUUGUAAAGAUGAUGAAGAAGAAUCAACAGAACAACAAGAAAACCAAGUGAUAACUACUACUGAAGAUCUUUCGAAUAAUAAUGAUAAUUCAUUUAUUUCUCAAAAUAUUCGUUCAUGUACUACUGGAAAAUUAGUCGAUUUUGAAAAUAUAGAAAUAGCAUCAAUUACGACAGACAUGAAAAAAUUUUUGUCAGCACCAACAAAGUCUCAUCUUGGAACAUUUAGUCGUCUACUCAUUUCUGCAUUUGAGCAAUUACUCAAAAGAUUUGAACUUUGUAGAACAAAAACAACAGGAAUUUAUGUUACAAAACUUGAAUUACGUACUACAAAUGCUGAUCCAUUUUUAAUGCGUAAGAUAUACAUCACACCAUCAACAGUUCUUUAUGAAGGACCCUAUCGGGAAGAAAAAUGUGCUGUUACACGUCGUUUCGUACAACAUCAAAAUCGAUUUCUUCGUGUAACGUUUCGAGAUGAAGACUAUCGUGUAUUACGUAAUUACAAUGAUAAUAUGACUAAGAUUUAUGAGCGUAUCAAAAAAAUCUUGAUAAAAGGAGUUAAUAUAUGUGAUCGAAAUUAUGACUUUUUAGCUUUUUCAAGUUCACAAUUACGUGAACAUUCUUGUUGGAUGUUUGCUACAGCUGAUGAUGGUACUACAGUUAAUACUAUUCGUGCAUGGAUGGGUGAUUUUCGAAAUGUUAGUCCUGUAGCCAAAUUAGCUGCUCGUGUAAGACAAUCAUUUUCGACAAGUAUCAAAGGUAUUCAACUUGAAAGUCGUCAAAUUAGAGAAAUAUCCGAUUUCAUACGAUUCGAAACAACUAGUGAAUGUAGACGUGAACAUUGUUUCACAGAUGGUAUUGGUAUAAUUAGACCAGAAUUUGCCAAAAGAUUAACACAAGAAAUGAAAUUGUCUGAAAAAAUUUGUCCUUGCGCAUUUCAAAUUCGUUGUGGAGGUUAUAAAGGCAUGGUCUGUGUGGAUGUUUCUGAUAAGAUUAUUAAUCCCGAUGAAUAUGUUCACUUCCGUAAAUCUAUGAACAAGUUUACUGCAAAAGAAAAUAUUUCGAUUGAUGUUGUACGUACAUCACUUAAUCCUUCAGUUGCCUAUUUGAAUCGACAAAUUAUUCUUCUUCUAUCAUCACUUGGUAUUGGUGAUCAAACAUUUAUGUCUUUGCAAGACCAUAUGUUACAACAAUUAAAAGCGCUAACAGAAAAUUGGCAAAAAGCAUGUGAAUCAUUAAAAGAAUUGAAUGAAUUCGGUGGAAAUGGAUAUCAUGGAUUUUUAAUUGAAUAUUUAAAAAGGCUACAUGAACGAAAAGAUCCAUUUGUUCGACAACUUCUUUUUGUUAUUAAAGCAUUUCUUGUUAAAGAAUUACGAACAAAAGCAAAAAUUCGUGUACCAAAUUCAUGGUCUUUAUUGGGAGUCAUUGAUGAAAGUCGAACACUUAACUAUGGUGAAGUUUUUAUUCAAAUAGAUAAUACUCAUCAACAAACAGAAAAUUCAACAAGAGAAAUUAUUCGAGGUUCCGUAAUAGUUACAAGAAAUCCAUGUUUUCAUCCAGGUGAUAUUCGAAAACUCAAAGCAGUUGAUGUACCUGCUUUGUAUGGAUUAAAAAAUGUAAUUGUUUUUCCGAUGCAAGAACCUCGUCCUCAUCCUAAGGAAAUGUCUGGUGGCGACUUGGAUGGAGAUACAUUCUGGAUAAGUCGUCAUCCAGAUUUAAUAUUUGAAAAAAACGAAGAUCCAUUUGAUUAUCAAGAUCAAGAAGACGAAGUUAACAAAAUACAAUUAGGAACAUUUGUCAAACAUACUAUUAAAGAUGUUUGUAAUUUUUUUGGCGAAUAUAUUGCAGCCGACAAUCUUGGUCUUAUUGCUAACAGUCAUUUGGCUUUUGCUGAUCAAUUAGAAAAUGGUGCUAAAAAUGAAAAAUGCCUUCAGUUAGCUAAAAUGCACAGUGUGGCCGUCGAUUUCGCUAAAAAAGGUGUCAAUGCACCUCGUCUUACACAUGAACUUCGUCCUACCAAGUAUCCACAUUAUAUGGAAAAGCACGAUAAACCAACAUAUGAUUCACAAACAAUUCUGGGUAAACUCUAUGAUAAAGUUAUAUAUUACAGUAGUAAUUUGAAUAUUAAUGAAGAAGAAAUCUUUGCUACAUCAAUAUUUCCUUAUGAAUCGUUUGUUAUUAAUGGAAAGGAUGAAUACGUGCAAGAUGCUCGCAUCAUUAAAAGUGAAUAUGAUAGAGAUAUAAAAAGAAUCAUGCGACAAUAUGGUAUCAAACAUGAAGUUGAAGUUCUUUCGGGUUAUAUUCUUAAAUUCACUUCAAAACAAUAUGCAAAAGAAACUAAAAUUUUCGAUUUACGAAAUGAAAUUACACAUACAUAUAGAGUCAUACAAGAAAAAUAUUUACGUCUCUUCUGGGAAGAGUUCUAUCAAUUAACGGAUGAGUCACAAGAAGAAACAGCUAAAUGGUCCGAUAUAUCGAAAAAAUUAACAUGGAAAAAUCAGCUUGAUUUAUAUCAAUUUCAUAACGAAAUGAUAUUACCGGACGAACUCAAGAAAAAAGCAUCAGCAUGGUUUCAUAUAACUUAUGACCCGUGGAUAAUACAUAUCAAUAAAUAUCAAAAAAAUAAAAAGAAAAAACAAAAUAAGUUUCCAAAUGAUCAACAAACAGAACAACCAACACGAUUCCAAGGACUAUUUAGUUUCGCUUGGUUGAUCUAUCCUGUAUUAUUGAAAAUAUUCGAUGAAAAUCAAAAGAAUGCGUCGGAAACUACAGAACAAAAAAAAUCUCGCCGUACAAAUAAACAACAAUCAGUACCCGAAGACAGUGCUUCUCGAUAUGAACAAAUUAUUGAACGGAUUGAACAACUUGAUCUUAUUAAUGAAUCAAAGGACUUCGAUGCGGACUCAGGUGUAUCAUCGUUGAAAACAUCAUCUGGUAAAGUAAUUACAUCUCCAUCAAGAACAACUGUAACAAUUGAUGAUGAAUUUGAUAAUUCAGAAAAUUGUCACACAAGAAAUUCUUCGCAUACGGAUAUAGAUGAUGAUCGUCGUGAGUCAGAUUUCUCAUUUAUGACGAAUUUUACACAUGGUAUGGAAUUUAAUGAACUUUGUACGAAUUCUCGAAUCAGUAGUCGCACAUCAAGUAUGAAUAUUCCUCCUCUUAUAUCGCCAAAAGUUAGUACUGCUUCAAAGCAAUCAUCGAGUUCAGCAUCAUCAAAUACCAUUCCUAGCGAAACAAAAGAAAAACAUGGUGUACGAAAAUUGAUACAAAAAAUCUUUAAAUCAUCAUCAACUACAUCAAAAACUCAAGGAAAUACAGGAACACGCGUGAACAAUCCAUCGCAAAGUUUAACAUUAAAUAUCGAUCAACAGCGUGGUACAGCCUAUCCACCAUUGAGUCCAUUACCUGUUACACAAGGUCCAAUACGAUUAUUAGUACUUCGACAUGGUGAACGGCUUGAUCGAUAUUAUUCAUCACAAUGGUUAAGACAAGCAUUUGACAAAGAUGGAAAUUUUUGUCGAUUUUCCCCUAUUUUACCAGAAGCAUUACCAUUUCGUGCUUCGAUUCGUGAUUUUGAUCUUGAUCCACCACUUACUUAUAAGGGUCUUAAAGACGCCUUUCAUACAGGAACUGUAUUAAGAGAAAAAGCAAUUAAUAUUACUUAUUGUUAUGCAUCUCCAUCACUUCGCUGUGUGCAAACAGCAGCAAAACUUCUUGAAGGUUUACAAUUACACAAUAAAAUCAAAAUUCGUAUUGAACCAGGUUUAUUUGAAUGUACUGGUUGGUAUACAGCAAGUGAAACAAGUACUGUUGUAACAAUGCCUAGAUUUAUGACAAAAAAGGAACUUUUGGAGAAUAAAUAUCCUAUUGAUAAAAAUUAUCGUGAACAAAUGACGAUGGCUGACAUAUCUCAACUUGAAAAUGAAUUAGAAUUUUAUCAACGUAGUCAUGCUGUUACAGCAAGUAUACUUAAAAUGCAUGAACAUGAAUUAAUUACACAAAUACAACAAGGACAAAUCUUACCACAACAAUAUUUACAUAUUUUAUUUGUUGCACAUGCUCCAAGUUUAGAAACAUGUACACGUAAACUAUGUGGUGGAAAAUUUCGUCCUGAUACAUUACCACAUGUUAUUCGAAAUGUUGAUUUUCUUACAAUGACAGUCAUUGAAAAAACGGAUAACAAUGCUGAUAAAUGGAUAUUUCGUCGAAGUUCAUUUUAUGGCGAUGAAUUUUAA